CCACAGGACUGGGGCUCUUGUUGCCAAGCCUUUGCCUCCUCAGUGCAGGAUGAACAAGCCUUCCCACCACUGCUCCAUCAUGUGGCAUCCAAUCUCCUGGACACCACGUGCCCAGUGGUCACCAAACCACUUAAAGCUAGUCACUGUCUAUGUCCUGAUGCUCUUGGUGUCGCUCAGCUUUGCUUCGGGACAGAGCAGGCCAUUUAAACAUCAGAUAGACAACAGAAGUCCUGAGAUUGACCCUUUUUGGUAUGUGGGCCGUGGUGUUCGCCCCAUCGGCCGCUUUGGGAAGAGGCAGCUGAGAAGCAGCCGUGGCAGCCUGAGGCCUGUGAGCAGACACCUGGAUUUCAUCUUGAAUGCUUUGUGGGAGCAAAAAUCAUUGGACACAGAGGACAAUGACUGGUGAUCUCUGUUCCCCAUGGUGGCGACCCAACCUCUGUUCUUUGAAUUGUGUGCCCCCUGCACUUCAGACCUACAGUUCUGCUUUUGCCUAGCAAUCCCAAUGCUGCUCUUCUUUCUGCUCCUUGUGCAAGUACCUUCAAAAAGAAACAUGUUCAGGGUGCAGGUAAAAGACAAUGCAUGGACACCAGCAUUGAGUGCUAUCACUGCUCAUAAAAAUGUUUCUUCAUUGUGCAUCCCCAUCAAUCUCCUGAUCCUGUUCACUGCUAGGUUCACUGUUAGGUUUAGCCAAAACCCACACAGCUUUUGGGCUGGGAUUUAAACUCUGCAGUGUUAAAUGUAUCAUGGAACCUUCCUGUCACAUUUCAAAGUCAAUAGCUGUUGAUAUAUAAAAAUAAAAAGCAAUGGUUGGAAGAAAGAAAAUAGGCUCUUACCAAUUUCUAAUGUACCUGUAUUAAUGGCAUGAAAUGCUGGUUCUCUGUGUGUAGCUUUUAUAGAGAUUGUCUCCCUGAAAUACCCACUGGCCCUCCACAAUUCUUCCUGUACUGCUAGAGAGAUAUAUCAAUGAACAAAGAGGAGCUCCUAUUGAAGAUAAGUAUUUUCUCCCUGCUGAAGAAAAAAAAAAAAAGGCUAAUUGAACUCCUUGGAGUAGUUUUGUGCCUACUGCAUAUAAUCAUAAAACAUAAUCCAAAAGGAGCAAGGGCCUGAAUGAGCUGACUCCCUUUAAAACAAUGUCAUUAUUUCCAAGUACAUUGUCUGAGUAAGCUAAAGUCACUCUUUGAGGAUCACAAGUCAUGUACUAUCUACUCCAUUAGUCCACAUCAAUAAGGCUGGAGAUGCAGCUCAAUACCCCUAUUUACUCAUGUUAAUAUAACUUUGUUAUAUUAUUUUUCUAAGAAGUGUUACUUACAAUGUGUUUCAUCUUGAUUAAUAACUAUUAGCAGGAAUAAUAAAGUUUUAUCUAUGGCUUAUAUCCAAAAAAGAUAGUUUACAAUUUAGGUGAUAACUGUUGGUUAAAUCCAGCCAUGAAUCAUUCUGCAAAGGAUAAAGUUGAAUGGACUUCCACUUCUAGUUGUGCUUUGUGAGAAUUACUACUAAAACUGAGUAAUGGUUGAAUUAACCAUUGCAGACAUUUUAACCCUUCUUUCUCUUUUUGCAAAUGGCCUGUCAGGAAGGGAUGGGUUUUUAUUAUAAUAAGGGAGUUACUUCCAACAAAAUAAUACAACAUAAUACAACAAAGCAGCUGACCCAAAGUGUUACUUGAAACACUCUAACUUUACUGAAUGCUUUCACGGUGGAGAAGAUAUGCUGAUAAAUAUUUUGAUCCACAUUCAUUGCAAGGAACUUCGGAAGUGUGAGACCAAAAUUAGCGGCAGAGCUCUUGCUCAGUUUUUGUAGCGAUCCCAGAGAGAGAUCAAGAAAUUCCACCUUAGAAACUGUGCUUGAGAUGGUAUUUCAGCCAACAGACUCAAUGGUUUGGAGAAGACUCACCAGCAAAUGUUCCUAACAGGAUUCCUCUCACCCCAGCCCUAGAGGAGGAGGAGG